UCGCAUUCUUACAGUCUUCCGUAUCGGAAGUCAUUUUAUCGAUUUCUCAACUCUCCCGUGUGAGACGCGCACAAGUGCUUCCCUUGGCGCGUUUCUGGAUUUCCAACAACCGCAAUCAUGGCGCCUAAGCAGAAAGCCCAGAAGAUGUCCAUCAGCACCUUCUUAGCUGAUGAGAACUUUGGCUCGUGGGCCGACGAGAUGGAUGACAUGCCUUUGCCUGCCCCUCCUCAGCCCAGGUUUGACAGCGAUCGCCGUGCUGGUGGCCUCUCGUCCGCUGGAUUCGGCAGUGGCUUCGGUGACCGUGAACGUGGUGGUUACGCCGUGAGGGAGCCCCUCCCCCUCCCCACCCAGCCUCCGUAUACUGCCCACGUCGGAAACUUGUCCUUUGAUGCGACUUCGGCUGAUAUCUCUGACCUCUUUGUCGACUGUGCUGUGACGAACGUUCGUAUUGUGGAAGAUAAGUUGACGAAAGCCCCUAAGGGCUUCGGAUACGUCGAAUUCGAGACCGUAGACGGUUUGAAGAAGGCUCUCGACCUCUCCGGCGCCACCCUGCAGGGAAGAGCCAUCCGUGUCAGCAUCGCAGAGCCUCCUAAGGAACGUGAUGUCAAGGAAUUUGACUGGACUCGCAAGGGCCCUCUCCCCGCCCCCGAGGCUCCGCGCCGUGUGCCUGACCGCUCCUCCUUCGGACGUAACCUGGACAAUUUCUCCGAUGCUGGUAGCGAACGUGCUGGAGGACGCCGCAACUUCGAAUCCGAUGGCAAGUUCCGCGAUUUCGGCAACUGGGAGCGAAAGGGUCCUCUCUCUCCUACCGGCCCAGUGAGAGAAGGUGGCCGUCCUCGCACCAACGAGGGAUCGGGUUUCAGAAAGAGCUCACCUGGCUGGGGUGAGGGACGUUCCCAGGAUGGCUCAAGGCCCCCACGACGUGAAUUCCAAGAACGGGCACCUACUGCAGCUGAAAUGGACAACGCCUGGAGAUCCAAGAUGCGUCCUGAUCAGCCUAAGGAAUCUAGCAACCCUCCUUCCCCCGCUGCCGCUCCUGCAUCCCCUGCCGCCCCGACGAGGCCAAGACUGAACCUUCAAAAACGAACUGUGACCGACGCCGUGUCUAGCCCGGCUGCGAGCACUGGAACCGGGGCCAGCCCAUUCGGCGGCGCCCGCCCGAUUGAUACCGCCGCGAGAGAGAAGGAAGUUGAGGAACGGCGCCAACUAGCUUUGCGGCAAAAGAAGGAAGCCGACGAGAAGGCCAAGGCUGAGAAGGAGAAGCAGCGACCUGCCAAGGAUCAGGCCAAGGGCGACAAGGCCGGCACAUCCGCUGAUCCUAACGGUAGAGAUACUGCUGAUACCCCUCAGGGUGCGAAGAACUUCGAAAUCCUCCGGCGGGCCGGUGAGGACGAGAGUGGUAUGGCCGCUGAUCAAGAUCAAUCAGAGGAGACCAAGCCUGCUGCGAAGGCUGAAACCUCAAAUGACGCCGCCACUAGCAAGGAAAACGGUAGCUGGAGGCGGGGUCCUGAUCAGCCAGCCGAUGCUGCUGACGAGGAGGGCUGGAGCACCGUGAGCUCGAGGCAACGUAACAACCGCCGUGGAGCCGGCCGUUCGUUCGCAUAGAUCUAACGAUACCCCGAAUGCAGUCAUUGCUCCCCCGAAACUUCACAUUCUUUCCAGAGCGAAAUCCUGCUCACGAGGCUCUUCGUAUGCUGCCUUGAUUUUACUGUCGCUUGCGGCUAUCUCCAGGUAGCGCGUUUUCGAGGAUGCUCUGCGAACAACGUUCCUUUCAAUUGAUGAGAUUUUUUGGCUAUGUUAAUGACUGUUUGUUUUCAAUACCAAUCGACCCGCUUCUCUCUGCUCUCCAUUUCUCUCUGAUUGAUUCACGACUUUUUCCGUCAGUCAAGAUCCC